ACAAAAAAAGAGAUCAGCCGGCUUGAUUGCAAGGCAUGCAAUCUGUGUCACAUACCAGCUAGCACAGCAACCACAACAGAUCCACUGUGAUCAGAAGUCUGUAAUUAGCAACACAUUGCCGUUAUAUUUAAUUUAAUGUUAGUUGUUACAGCCUGACUGCACUGUUUUCUAUAGAAACAUAGAUCUACCACACCGGAGUUACCAGGAUGGAGUGGCAGCCGGAUGAACAGGGUCUGCAGCAAGUGCUUCAGCUGCUCAAAGACUCCCAGUCUCCAGACACAGCAACCCAGAGAGCCGUGCAAGAAAAACUGGAGCAGCUUAAUCAGUUCCCAGAUUUUAACAACUAUCUCAUCUUUGUCCUCACAAGCCUCAAAUCAGAGGACGAGCCCACUCGCUCUCUGAGCGGUCUGAUCCUGAAGAACAAUGUUAAGGCUCACUACCAGAACUUCCCUCCCAAUGUGGCUGACUUCAUCAAAAGAGAAUGCCUGAACAACAUCGGAGACCCAUCACCGCUUAUCAGAGCUACGAUCGGUAUCCUGAUCACGACUAUAGCCUCUAAAGGAGAACUGCAGACGUGGCCAGAACUGCUGCCUCAGCUCUGCAAUCUGCUCAACUCAGAGGACUACAACACCUGCGAGGGUUCUUUUGGAGCUUUGCAGAAGAUCUGUGAGGAUUCAUCAGAGUUGUUGGACAGUGAUGCCCUUAACAGACCUCUCAACAUCAUGAUCCCCAAGUUCCUCCAGUUUUUUAAGCACUGCAGCCCCAAGAUCAGGUCCCAUGCUAUAGCGUGUGUGAACCAGUUCAUCAUUGGUCGAGCUCAGGCUUUAAUGGAUAACAUUGACACCUUCAUUGAGAGUCUAUUUGCACUGGCUGGUGAUGAGGACAGUGAAGUGCGAAAGAACGUGUGCAGGGCUCUGGUGAUGCUUCUGGAAGUCCGGAUUGACCGCCUCAUCCCCCACAUGCACAGCAUCAUACAGUACAUGCUGCAGCGUACUCAGGACCCAGAUGAGAACGUGGCUCUGGAGGCCUGUGAGUUCUGGUUGACUCUGGCUGAACAGCCAAUCUGCAAAGAGGCUCUGUCUGGUCACUUGGUUCAACUGAUUCCUAUCCUGGUGAAUGGGAUGAAAUACUCUGAGAUUGACAUUAUUCUCCUAAAGGGCGACGUGGAAGAGGAUGAGGCCGUUCCAGACAGCGAGCAAGACAUCAAGCCUCGCUUCCACAAGUCCCGCACCGUCACUCUGCAGCACGAGGGAGGGGAGGGCGAGGAGGGGGAGGACAUAGACGAAGACGAGGAUGAUGAUGACGAUACUCUAUCUGACUGGAACCUACGGAAGUGUUCUGCCGCAGCUCUGGAUGUUCUUGCUAACGUGUUUCGUGAAGAGUUGCUUCCUCAUCUCCUGCCCCUGCUCAAAGGCCUGCUGUUCCACCCUGACUGGGUCAUCAAGGAGUCUGGUAUCCUGGUCCUGGGGGCUAUCGCUGAGGGCUGUAUGCAAGGCAUGGUACCUUACUUGCCGGAGCUCAUCCCUCACCUCAUUCAGUGUUUGUGCGACAAGAAGGCUUUGGUCCGUUCCAUCGCCUGCUGGACUCUCAGCCGCUACGCCCACUGGGUGGUCAGCCAGCCUCCCGACGCUCACCUUAAACCCCUCAUGACGGAGCUGCUUAAGCGCAUCCUUGAUGGCAAUAAGAGGGUACAGGAAGCAGCAUGCAGCGCAUUUGCUACUCUGGAGGAGGAGGCGUGUACAGAGCUGGUGCCUUACCUGAGCUUCAUUCUUGACACCCUAGUUUUUGCUUUUGGGAAGUACCAGCACAAGAACCUGCUUAUUCUCUACGAUGCAAUAGGGACAUUGGCAGACUCAGUGGGACAUCAUCUGAACCAGCCUGAGUACAUCCAGAAGCUGAUGCCUCCGCUGAUAGCAAAGUGGAACGAGCUGAAGGACGAGGACAAAGACCUCUUCCCUCUGCUCGAGUGUCUCUCGUCUGUUGCCACUGCGCUGCAGAGCGGCUUCCUCCCCUACUGCGAGCCCGUUUACCAGCGCUGCGUCACCUUGGUCCAGAAGACGCUGGCCCAGGCCAUGAUGUACAGUCAGCAGCCGGACCAGUACGAAGCGCCGGAUAAAGACUUUAUGAUCGUGGCUCUGGACCUUUUAAGUGGCCUAGCUGAGGGACUGGGGGGCCACGUGGACACUCUUGUUGCCCGCAGUAACAUCAUGACGCUGCUUUUCCAGUGCAUGCAGGAUACGAUGCCUGAAGUUAGACAGAGUUCAUUCGCCCUCCUCGGAGACUUGACCAAGGCCUGCUUCCCUCAUGUCAAACCAUGCAUUGCUGAAUUCAUGCCAAUUCUCGGGACCAAUCUGAACCCAGAGUUCAUCUCUGUCUGUAACAACGCCACCUGGGCUAUAGGAGAGAUAUGCAUGCAGAUGGGAGUGGAGAUGCAGCCGUAUAUUGCAAUGGUUCUGAACCAGCUGGUUGAGAUAAUUAAUCGACCCAACACCCCCAAGACCCUGCUGGAGAACACCGCAAUCACCAUCGGCCGACUGGGCUACGUGUGUCCUCAGGAGGUCGCUCCCAUGCUGCCGCAGUUUAUCCGACCUUGGUGUACAUCUCUGCGAAACAUCCGAGACAACGAGGAGAAAGACUCGGCCUUCCGUGGGAUUUGCAUGAUGAUCGGUGUGAAUCCAGGGGGUGUGGUGCAGGACUUCAUUUUCUUCUGCGAUGCUGUGGCCUCCUGGGUGAAUCCUAAAGACGAUUUGAGAGACAUGUUUUAUAAGAUUCUGCAUGGUUUCAAGGAGCAGGUUGGAGAGGAGAACUGGCAACAGUUCUCAGAGCAGUUCCCCCCACUGCUGAAGGAGAGACUGGCAGCCUGCUACGGCGUUUAGAAUCUCUACACCCACCAAAGAGGUGAGCCAGCAGGAGGAGGGUGAAUGGGAAACUCAUCCAUCUGUGUAUUGCACUGCCCAGAUCUGGGGGGAGGGAGAGGGACGCAAUUGGCCGCUCCCCCUGACGGACGGCCCCCACGCCCUAUGUGUUUGUCCAUAGAGGGAGGGUGGGCGGGUGGGAGGGAGGGACAGAGGGACACCUCUAGAUUAACUAGGCAGGGACCCGACACAGAAAAAAAAACAACAACUAACUGCUAGGGACAGAUAGAGAAGGACAUGUAGGAGAGAUAGAGGGAUAGACAAGUUGGGAAAGAGGGAGGCAGGGAAAGAGUCUGGCACAGAGAAAGUUCAGGGAUAGAGAGGGAGGGAAACCAGUAACAAGCAGGGAAAAAGAGCUACAGAAAGGUCUGUAACUUGGAGAUUUUAAUGGGAUUCUUAAAUUUAAGAGUAACUGAUAGCCUGACUGACAGACUGACCCACACACAGACUCACACAUACACUUGCACAUGCUGUACAUGCAGUACUUGGAACCGACUGAGGGUGGCACUAUUAUUUAGACUUCUUGAGACCUACUACAUGUAGUUAGGGACAGACAAGCAGGUGUCUAAACUCUGUUAAUUUUCUGGGUGAUAUCUUUCUUUUCCGGGGAAUAGGAUUCAACAUAAAUUACUUCAUCUGUAGUUACUGAAUUCUACUUAACUGUGUGAUAGUCGUGCUAUCCUCAUCCAUGUUUCCUAUCUUCAUUUUGGACCAGAGUGCUGCUUCACAGAGCUAUCCAUCUAUCAGACAUAUUCCUGUCACAUUUUCUACCUGAUCAAAAGAGAGAGAAAGAGAGAGAGAGGAAGAAAAUAAGUGUCUUUCCUCGUGGCUUCACAGAAACCAUUCCUGUAGGAAGGGAGGAUUAGGGCUAACACAUUUGUUUUCUCACCAGAGAUGAAGAACAUGAUAAUCACAUCUUUAGUUGUGUCUUUGAAGUUAUGCGUGUGUGUGUGUGUGUGUCUGUGAGUGUGCGCUUGCGUGCAUGUGCAAUUUAUAAAUCCUUUCUUUGGCAUUCUGUGUUUAAGUGCGUGAAAUGUGUAUUGUUUUUGAUAUGGUACCAAGCUAAAACUUGACCCACCGCAGCAUUCUUGGCACCUGUUAACUGUGACCAAGUGUUAGUGUGUUUGUUUGUAUAUUAAGAUUGGGUUUGUUUGUGCAAGAGUGAGUGUGUACAUGUUUGUCGACAUUCGUACUGAAAUCCAUUUGAUGCCAUAUUGAUAUCUUAAGUAAAACAGUGAUUGGCAAUGUCAUUGUGAUCUUUAUAAUGUUUUAAAAAUGGUCCAUAUUCAUUUUUUUUUUUUUUGCUGCUACUGAUAAUUUCUGUUUCUAUAGUGGACUUAAAUUCGCACAAUUAACGCAAAAAAUAUUUGAAUUAACGGUAUUUACAUUGACUUGUUUUUGCACUUUUUAUUUUAUUUUAACUUUUUCUUUUUGUAUGGACUUUUUUUAACCUCACCCAUAUGAUAUGUGUUGACCCUAAUGUUAGUGUUUGUCAUACUGUGUUGCACUGUGAAAUUAAGUGUCUUUGACUGGCAAAAUAUCCCAAUACUAAAUGGCAAAUAAAAACAACUUUGUGAAACUGGGACUAAUCCGCACUUUUACAAUGACUAACUUUGCCAUGUUGCUGAGGUGUCCGUGUGUAUGUGUAUGUGUGCGUGUGCGUGCGUGUGUGUGUGUGUUAGAGAUCCUGCACGUGUGAGAUCAUGCAUGAGUAAGUGCGCAUGAGUACUUUACCUUUAUUUGCCUCUUAGCAUGUUUUGGAUAGUUCAGUGGGGUUCAUUUGAUGCGUGCACAGUAAGGGUGCAAAAUCAAUUGGGAAGGGUUUGUAGCUUACCCCGGUCUACUUUGUGCGCAUGCUCUGUGUCUGCUGUUUUCACUCAGUGUGUUCGAAUGUGUUUGCAGUGGUAUACAUUUGAUGUAUUCAUGUAUUUCCGAGUAAUAUGGAGCCCUUUACACACCAACACCACCUCAAUUCACAUCGAGAACAAAGUAUAGUUAAAAGUUACAACAGCUAGCACACUGCCAAAGAGCAAAUUUAAAACUGGAUAAUAAGUAGAGAUGGGCUGCUAUUCCCAUGUUCAAUAGGUGCAUCAUGAUAACAGACAAGUACAGGCACAGAAGGGCUUUUAAAAAUGUGAUUAGCAAAUGGAUUUCAGCGACCUAUACUUUUAAUUGAUAUUCUGCCAGCAAGCAGACAUUUGAACAAUAAUAGAUGAUGCACUUGAUUUGACCUAGACUGUGACCAUAGAGAUAAUCAAAUCAAUUUCUAAUCAUCUCAAGUACAAGACAAUCUGAACUCAGUCAAGUUUUUCCACUCCUGGUUUGAAGCUUGUAUGUGAGAAUUUUUUAGUUGCUUCGUUUUUAGUCUUUUUUUGUGUGUAACUGUUGUCAUAGUUUCACAAAAGUUUUUUUUUUUUUUUUAGUGUUCGAGGGAUCAAUGUACAAUUUCUUUGGUUGAUUCUGUCGUAUUGAUGGAUCAUGAACAUUUGAAGGAGUAGAAGUGUGCUACUUUUAAAUAGGUGUAAAAAUUCCAGUAGGCACAAAGAAGGGAGGAUUUUUUUUUCUAAAUUCUGUUUCUGUAAUAAAAAGCAUGAUAUUUGUUCCAUGAUAUUGGCGGAAAUACUUUUGGUACCUUGUUUCUGUGGCUUACUUCAGCCAGUCAUCUAAACUUUUAUAAUGGUGGGAAAGAAAAUAAAAUGCUCUGAGUCAAUUGUA